AUGAGAGGAACAGUAUACAAUGACCAUUACCUUGUGACAACAAGGAUCUGUCUAAAGUUGGCAAGAGCUGAGGGCAGGAAGAACGUCAGGGAAAGGUUUGACGUAAGUAAACUGCCUAGUGAAGAGCUCAGGAGGAAGUACAACACUGAGGUGAGGAAUAGGUUUGGAGCUCUAGGAGACAUAGAUGAUCCGGAGGAAGAACACGAUAUGAUUUUGACAACAUACAGAGAUGGAGCAAAGAGAGUCUUGGGGUGGUCAAAGAAACUUAGUAGGCCAUGGAUAGGAAGCAAAACAUCGGAAAAGAUCAAGGAGUGAAUAUCUUGUUAAGAUAUUCAAGAAAGGUUGUUUGCACGAAUGCAACAACUGGAGAGGAGUGAAGUUACUAUGUACAUGUCACUAGAAAGAUAUUCUGUAGGAUGCGGUUGGAGCGGAUCAAGAAAGGUGUAGACACGAAAUUUGAAAGGAGCAGGCUGAGUUUGGACCCAAGAAAAGUACAACCGAACAGAUCUUUAUAUUUAGUAACAUCUUGAGCAGGCAAAUGGGUGGAAAGCGAGUCUGUAUCCGCACUUUGGAGCAAAAAAAGUCUUUAAGAGGUCAAAGAAACUUAGCAGGCCAUGGACAGGAAGCAAAUAAUUGAAAAAGAUCAAUGAGAGGAAAGAGGCAAAAUUGAAAUUGGAGGGUACAAGAUCGGAACAACUGACAGAG